CAACCUCGAGAUCAAAUUUUGACGUUCAGACAUGCCCUGUCGCAGAAUUUGAUGAGAGUCGCAUCGCCUCCACCCAUCAUCCAUCCUCACGGCUCGGCGUGCCAUUUGACCUUCCAACCCACAGCCUAUUGAUCUUUCGGGACUGGAUCAAUCCGCAAAGCGAAUUCACCACCGCAUCCCUCACAAGUUAGAAGUAACACACUUAUUCAUCGACCAUGCCGACCAUUGAAGAGAUCACGGACGAGGCUCUCUCCAAGCAGGCCAACGUGGAGGAUGAGGAGUGGGAUGACGAGAGCGACGCAGAGUCCGACUUCUCCGAUGACGAAGAAGUGACAGAGAAGGGACUCUCUCUACGCGAAGAGACAAUCUGGGAGCGACUAGCUGCCUUGGUAGACAUUAUCCCUUCUUCUACACGCACCCGCAUCUCCCACACUUUCCGAACAACUUCCGCCUUUGCUUUUACGGGAGCCAAAAUCUUUGGGAAUAUCGCUUGGGUCGUCACUACUAGUGCGUUGCUUGUGGGAUUGCCUUAUGCGCUCGCGGUGGAGGAUGAGGGAAGAAUCAUUGCUCAGGAGAGGGAGUUGCAAUCUCAAGGUGGAGGUCCUAUGCUCGCUGGUGGAGGACUAGGCGGCUUGCCUCAGGGACAACAACAGCAGCAAGCAGGCCAAGUGGGCGCCAAGCCCCCUGGCUUCUGAUCGUCUCCUCCACCGCCGUUGAACGCAAAAGGACGCGGAGUAUAAGCAGAUCAUGUCCCCAUGUCGAACUUGACGAUCAAUACAUCAUCAUCGCUCGCAAAGCACUGUGGGGACUGUGUGACGACACCAGGCGCUGCUCCAUGUUCGCACAAAGCGUGAGCAACUGUGGCAGCCGACUCUCGCAUGUGAAGAGCCACAAGUUCGACGCUACGCUUCAUUCCUCGCUGAUCAGCGUGCAAGCGAUAAGGUCAUUGGACGCAUCAAUGGGCUUCUCCAGCG